AUGAAAGGCAAAGAGAAGAAACUUUUUAAAAACCCCUCGGCUGAGUCACUGCAGCAGGGAGACAAGCAAAUAGAUGCUCUGGCCAGCUCAAUAGACUGCAACACGCAAAAGCCCUCUCGGAAAAGCAAAUAUGCAUCGUACAGUCUGAGCGAGAGCAUACUGUUCAACAACAAAUAA